CCAUCGACGGUCCUCGAUAUUUCUAUUUUGAAACUGAGUGGACCGACCUUUCUUAGGUCACUUUGUUACCUUCGUCGAUUUGAAAUUUUAAUCACCGGGUGGGAAAUUCGGCGAGUUUCUGUGCAAUUGUUUUUGCCAGAGUAACUUGCUUUUCAAGCUUGAGGGGGCGCUUCACCCGCCCCAUUUUGACUGUUAGAUGUGGGCGAGGUCAACUGUUUUGUCUGCGGUCUCUGAAGCCUACGUUAUCGGGAGCGAGUGCCGGAGGCAGUGACUUCGUGUUCCUUCUCGUUUGUGAUCCGAGCGGAAGUUGAGAUUGUGGGCACCGUGAUCUGCUUCAGAAGAAACUUCAAGUGUGCCUCCUCUUCUCGCAGCUCCUUUUGCUUCCUAUUAGCUCCCUUUCUUCCUUGUAGCUCUUCCAUCGAGUUUCUGUGACUUUGGGCUCUUCUUUCACAACACCCACUUUCGAUUUUUCUGGUUGUGUUGGGCUGUUUCGGUACUUCUUUGGGCGCUUUGAGACGAGCGCCACAGAUUGAGUGCGUAGUCUUCCCCUGAUCUACCUCUCUGCCCUUGCGCUGCCCAGAUUUCUACCUAUAUUGGCAGAGUCGCUGCAGUUUCUAGGGUUACUUUGCGGCGUUUCGGAAGGGACAAUACUAUCAACGUCAGAAUUUUAGGGUUCUGCUUUUGCGCGGAGCAGUCGUUCUUGCUGCCAAGGGGCUUGCGCCUGCGUAUGCCGCGUAGUGUGUGAGUUUACAAGAAGCAGAACAUAGACCUUUACGGACAAGGAUAACAGGGUGCGCUGCUCUGCUGUUAGCUAGAAGCAACAGGACUAUUGGGCUGGACUUCCAGACCUUGAAAGUCUCUCUCGAGGUUGAUUCAGGAUGGUACCCCCUAGGAAGAGGAAGUUGAUUCAGACAUGCCCUGUUACUACGACGCUUUCCAUAGGAAACUGUGUAGUCGAAUUCCCUAAUGACGUGGAGCAAGAUUAUAGCCCUAACACUCUAAGUCUGCAAGUUCACAAGUCUGCUUCAAUUCGAAUUUCCGUUGAUUCAUCCAAGCAUCAGCCCUCUGGAAUUCUUAGCCAUUCUAGCCCUGGUCCUGGUUCCCGAAUGGGCAUUUCGUUCCAACUAAUUAAUCCUAAAAGUCUGGACAAAGUCAAUGAUGAGCUUCUGGAGGGUGUCACCCAAUUGUACAAGCGGGAACUACCAGCGAUGAGCUAUGCUGCUGGUACUGGAAAGGAAUCUAAUUUUCUUGAAAACUGCACGACGAGUGGGAAGUAUUGUACGCUGUUAAUGAAGAAGACUGGCGCUUCUCUCGCUGACCCUGAGGUUGUCGUAGGAGCUAUCACUUACCAGAUUCUGCCUUCUAGUACGAACUAUGUUGAAAUUCCCCUGGCUGCCGUGGAUCAAGCUUGUCAGCGCCAGGGCUUGGGUCAGUUGCUUGUCGGCGAGCUAGCACGCAGGUUGACAGAUGUGGGUGUGUUGACGUUGUUUUGUUGGGGCGAUCAAGAGUCUGAGCAGUUCUGGAAUAAACAAGGCUUCUUGAAAAUUGCGGAAGUUGAUGCCCAGGGUAGGCCCCAAAAACUGCGUUUGAAGAAUGAAAUUCGGAAGGCUAUGUCUUUUCCUGGAAAUUCAGCUCUUAUGGUUUGUCAUUUGACUAGGGUGAAUUCGCCUUCACCACUCACUUGUGCUGGUGAAACCACUCCUCUCCGGGACUCUGCUUCAGUUCGCGCUGCAGUUCAAACUCCCAUCGCCUACAGUGACGUAUCGGAUCCGUGUCCGUCUCCUCAUGGUAGUACGCCCUGUGAGGCACGUCCCUCAGAUGCGAGUCAAGAUCAAGCAGUCACCUCCACUUGCAGUCCAAUUCGUAAUAAUGCUUCCUUGAAAGGGAACUUAAACAACAGAGCAUCCCAUAGGAAAGUCACCGUUGUGACUAAUUCUACUCCUGGCUCUGAGCCCUCUUCAGUUAGGUCCAACCGCACCCUCAAGUUUUCAAGACCUGAAAAAGAUGUGUCCUUGGAAAAGGAGCCGUCGGAAUGCGCUCUCCGUACAUCGUCAGUUGAUUUUGAUGGGACUUCAGAGGGGGAGAAGAUUCCACCUACCAGUUCACCUGCAGAUGCUACUUGUGUGGAGAAAUCAUCGUCUUCAUCCGAAGUGGUUUCGCAUUGUAGCAGUGCAUCAAGGGUACCUCUAAAGAAUUUGAACAUAGCCCCUGUGAAGAAGAGGCCGUGGAAAAGUACUCAAUGUGUUGAUCUGAACGUUGUUUCAGAGCAUCCGGGGUCUCGACUGUCCUCUAGCAUCAACUGCGGUCCCGAAAAGGAGAACAACCAGCCGGCUGUUGAAGAAGUCUCUGAAACUGAACGUGGACGAGAUGAUAUUACUUUGAAUGCUGGCUUAAAGCGCCCUCGGCAAGAUACAUUUCCAGUUAAAACGGUUGGUAGAAGAUCAGUGAGGAGACGAAGAGGCGAGAGUCCGUCAUCUGUACUCUCUAUAUUGCAAGCUUCUGAACCAUCACUAGUCGAGCCAACCCGAAAUCUUGAGCAUUUGUGUGAUGUUCAAAAGGCUAAACCGACCGUACCAACCAUUCGAGAGUCUAAAAUCAUGGAUUGUAAGCAGUCAAUGGCAGAUGAAUCGUUUUCACCUUCGGGCGUGGGUGAUGAACAUUUGGAUCCAAGGUUCGACAAACAAGGAAAGGAUUCUACCAUCCGUAAGCGGUUAACGAACCGACUAAUUCAUGUGCCCGACGUUAGAGAGGACUUGGCUUCUCCAGCGAAGACAUGCACCCCAGUUGUGUUCCUUAUGACUAUGCCCAACGACCCUAAGAAAAGAGCGCUUGCACAGUAUUGGCAGUUGGUGGAGAAACUUGGAGGGAGGGUUACUGGAGACGGAGGUGAAUGUACUCAUAUCGUCACCUGCGAAGCGAGAAGGACCCUAAAUUUCUGCUCAGCUAUUUGCAAUGGGGCAUGGGUUGUCACGCCAGACUGGUUGAAAGCCAGCAGCAGAUUGAAAUAUUUUGCUGAUGAAAAGUCGUAUAUUCUUAGAGACAAGCAGUUUGAAUCCAAGUACAAAGUUAGUAUAGCAACUGUGAUUCAAUUAGCACAACGAAGGCCUUGCUCCUUGUUCACUGGAUUCUCUCUCUACCCGACAUCUCAUGUGCAACCUCCCCUAAGCACUAUCACCAAAUUAAUUCAGGCCUCAGGUGGAAAGAUUCUCUCAAGCUUGGACCAAGCCAUGCAGGAAAGGAAUGCCUCGCACUCUAUUGUUCUGUCUGGUGAGGCAGACAAGGCAGAAGCUGACAUAGCAUCAAGGGCUGGACUUCGAACUUUUACUGGCGAAUGGUUUAUGCAAGCCAUUGUGAGACAGAGAAUAGAUUUCGAUGCCAAAGUGUUGGAUGACCAUUAGCCAUUCUUGUGUUAUCCGAUUUGCAUGUAUAGUAGUACACGGGUCGAAUUCAAUCGGCUCAGUUGGACAGAGAAUGAAUUGUCGAGUUAGGGAAACGCGGUCCGAUAUACCAUUGUGACGAAGUUUCCGACAUCCAGCAUUUUCUACCAGGAUAUUGACUUUUAAUAGCGGCCUUCGGCCAAAUCAUUUACUAGGGGAUUUUUCAUGUUUCUGUAAGUAGAACCCCUGAAAUUGAAGAUGAAACCAAACAGUUCUGAUUGUACUCAAGGAACACCGGACGUGAGUGAGCUUUGUAUUCCUGUUCUGAAUAUUUUCGAUUAAAGCUGCUGGAUCAACUUUUAUAACCAA